CACUCUAGAAAAUGAGCAAACGACAGAAUCCCGCCGAAUUCCUGAAGAAAGUCAUCGGAAAGCCGGUUGUGGUGAAGCUCAACUCUGGCGUCGACUACCGUGGCAUUCUCGCAUGUCUCGACGGAUAUAUGAACAUCGCGCUCGAACAAACCGAAGAAUACAGCAACGGACAACUUCAGAACAAGUACGGCGAUGCGUUCAUCCGCGGGAACAAUGUGCUCUACAUCUCCACAUCGACGAAAUAACUUUUUUUUGAUUUCGAUUUAUUUUCCAAAUAUUUUUCCCUUUUUUGAGCUAUUUUGAGCAAAUUUCUUGUUUGAUACGUUUGGAUCUCGAAUAAAUUUGUGUUUUUUUU